UGUACCAACAAAACUAUUCCCCUCGGAACGAAUUUAUAGUUAUCUUUUGUUAAAGUGCCUCUAUGCCGUUUACUGGAGAACCAUGAAAGUAAAGGUGAUAUCAGUCUUGGAGGAUAACUACAUGUAUUUGGUGAUUGAGGAACAAACUAAAGAAGCUAUCGCCAUUGACCCUGCAGUACCGCAUCGGCUCCUGGAGAUUCUUAAACGGGAGGGACUGAAACUCACAGCAAUCCUUACUACUCAUCAUCACUGGGAUCAUGCCCGAGGCAAUGAGGCUUUGGUAAAAGAGAUCCCUGAACUACGGGUGUAUGGGGGAGAUGACCGCAUUGGUGGUCUCACCGACAAAGUCGUCGGCGACCAAGAACUCAAGUUUAACUCUAUUAAUGUGAGGUGCCUGUUCACUCCUUGCCAUACCUCAGGACACAUGUGCUAUUUUGUAUGGGAGGAUGGCUGCACAGAUCCCCCUGCCGUUUUUACAGGGGAUACACUGUUCAUUGGUGGCUGUGGCAGAUUCUUUGAGGGGACUGCUGAACAGAUGUACCAUAAUCUGACCAAAGUGCUGGGCACCCUACCUCAGGACACGAAGAUCUUCUGUGGGCAUGAAUACACAGUCAAAAACCUCAAGUUUGCUUUGCUGGUGGAACCAGAGAACGAGAAGGUGAAAGAGAUGCUGACCUGGGCGAAGGCAAGAGAUGAUGAUGAUAAGCCAACAGUACCAUCAACGUUGCAUGAGGAAUUUGAAUAUAAUCCAUUCCUCCGUCUCUCCGAGGAGAGUGUGCAGAAGUUCACCGGGAAAACCGAUCCCAUUGAGGUGCUGAGGGUUCUGCGUAAAGAGAAGGACAAUUUCAAGAAACCCAAAGAGAGAGUUCUUCCUCAUGCCAUGUUAGCUCUAGAGUGGGGUCUUCUCAGACCAUGAUGUCUCUUUACCACUGAAGCUCUAAACGUCAUAUGCAAACACCAGUUUACGGUGUUCAAACGC